UAAAAUGUUGAAAUGGGAAAACCAGUGAGUUAAUCAAAUUGUAACAAUUUGAUGAUUUUUUUUUCUCAACUCGCUUAAUUGUCACUCUAAUUGUAACAAUGAAGGCAAGUUGACAAUCAAAUGAAAAUUAAUGAAACAACAAUUAACAGUAAAUCAAAUGUAUCCAAAUCAUUUACAACUUAGUGAAAUAAUCAAAGAUGAAAUUAUGGAUUAUAAUCAUUUCCAUAACAAAUUCAAUCAGAUUAAUUGAUUGUGAUUAUUACGGUGCGGGUUUCCCACUUCGAAGACCAAUCGAAAUGCCAACUUACAUUCGAUAUAAAAAAAUACCCAUCGGCUAUUUGAACCCAGAAUACGUUCAUAGAUUUCAUAGUGGUCACUUCGGUGGACAAGGGAGCGGCCAUGGAGACAGCGGUGGACACAGUGGUAACAGUGCUCAUGGUGCUCACGGUGGGACUCACGGUGGGGAUGACGAUAGUGAACACGACGAUGACCACAGUGAUAACAACGGUGGUUUGGUUCAGCGAUAUUUAGGAUUUUUAACUCCCGCUUCGCAUCGAGGUUCAGGUCACUCUUUUUUCUCGAAUCGUUUUCAAAGUUCCCAUGAAAGUGACCAAAAUGACCACAAUAACCACAAUGACCACAAUGACCACGGGGGACACGAUGUUGGUCAUCGGGGUGGUUCAAGUUUCCAAUUUGAAAAUAAUUCCAAUAAUCGGCAACAUGGUAACUCGAAUCAACAUAAUUCUGAUCGUUACACUGGUCUACUCGGAAUUAGAUUUAAUCGGUUUAAUUUGUUUCGUCGACCCUCUGGUAAGAGUUUAUUGGAUCGAAUCGUUGGAUAAUUAAUCUAAUUAAAUUUGCUACUUAAAAUUUUAUUUGCUUGUGAAAAUGAUUAACUUUAAUCAAUAUUUUGUUUCGAUUUAAAAUUAGUUUAUUUUUAAAGCAUUAAAAUGCAACGAAAAAAACAAAUUCUUUUUUUUCUUAAUCAUUUAAUUAAACAUCGAUUGAUCAAACAAUCAGGUUAAUAG